AUGAGUCUGUUCCUACCAAACAUUUUCGCUCAAAAUUUUACGGAAUUGUACUUACCUCCAGGUGCAAAAGCCCGCUUCGGCAAAGGCUGGAUUCAUGACAUAAAGUUUUCUCCCUACAGUGACCAGUUAGCUGUGGCAACUACCAUCGGUGUCUGGAUCUACGACUCCCGUACAGGCGAAGAGCAGGCACUGUUCUCAGGGAUCAUGGGAGGUGCUAAUGCGGUUUCCUACUCCCCAGGUGGACUCAUCAUUGCAGCUGCACACUCAGAUUGGACAGUUAGACUAUGGGAUGUUAGUACCGGUAAACUAACGUCCCCUUCUACUCUUAGAGGACACACAGCAAAAAUCCACGCUGUUGAAUAUUCACCAGAUGGCAAAAGGAUUGCCAGCGGAAGCGCAGACAAAACGAUUCGGAUCUGGGACCCUCACGCCACUACCGAUAAUAAAAAAAUUAUUGCAAUCCUACCCUAUCGGGACUCCGUUCGCUCCAUAGCAUUUUCCCCAGACAGCAGAAUGUUGGCGGGUGGCAGUGACGAUGGCAUCAUUCAAGUCUGGGAUGCUGAUACAGGAGAUCGAAUUUAUGAGUUUAAAGAACACACCGAUUCCGUUCAGGCAGUGCAUUUCUCACGUAACAGGACCGAACUCGUAAGUGCCAGUCUAGAUAGUACCGCAAUUUUAUGGAGCCUCGUCGGUGAAGGUGGAAAACUCCAUCCACCAGCACAACAUAAGGCCCCAGUAUAUGCAGUGAAAUUUUCACCUGAUGGAAACUCUUUUGCCACCGGCAGUGCAGACAAACUGAUUCAGCUAUGGGACACGAGCACAGCGGAUCGCAAACUGACCCUCAUAGGACACAAAGAUUUAGUCGCGGAUAUCGAUUUCUCACCAGAUGACAGUACCCUUGCCAGCAGCAGCCCAGAUGAUGUCCUCAAGAUUCUUGAAAACAGCAAUGAUAGUUUACUGACAACACUGACAGGGAAUAUACACGGGGUCACAGCACUUGCAUUUUCACCAGCAGAUACAACUUUCGCCAGUGGCGGAGCGGAUGGCAGAAUUCAUCUACUGGAUAUUAGUAGCGGUAACGAACUAAAAAUACUAAAAGGAUCUCAGAGUACUAUCACCUCUCUGACAUUCGUUGUUGAUGGCACCCACCUUUUCAGUGGCGAAGAAAAUGGCACGGUCCGUCAGUGGAACGCACUUACCGGCAAAGAGGUAGGGACAGUCUAUAAUAUUCCGUUGGGUGCCAUCACGGCUCUAUCAUACUCAUCGCCCAACGAACUUCUUGCCAUUGGAGAUGCAACCGAGGACGGUAGUACUCUUGUUAGCGGCAGUGAAAACGGCACUAUCACCCAGUGGAAUAUGAACGAAGUACUCUUAAACACAGCACUACAGGAUAACACCUCGGGAGAGGAUAGUGAAGUCGAAAGAACUAUCACUCCGCCAGAGCAUAACACAACUGAACAAAGCGUACAACAGAUUGCCCAAAAAGCAUUAGCAUCCACAGUAUACCUUCGGGGGUAUGAUGUCGAUGGCAAAGAAUUAGGAGCUGGUAGUGGUUUUUUCGUUGGCACUGACAAAGUCGCAACCAACCAUCAUGUUAUUAAAGGAACUGUGUCAAUAUACGCGAAGAUAGUUGGUGAAGAAGAAUGGUACGUUGUUGAAAGCAUCGCAGCUACAGAUGAAACACACGAUUUAGCGGUCUUAAAACUCUCGGGUAUUACCGCACCAGCACUGCCAUUGACCGAUAGCGAUGCUGUUCAAGUUGGUGACUCAGUUUACGCCGUCGGCAACCCUGAAAGAUUGGAAGGCACAUUCUCAGAGGGUAUUAUCAGCAGCAUCCGAGGAGAAGGUAACAAUAAGUGGAUCCAAAUGACAGCCUCAAUUUCUCCAGGAAGUAGCGGAGGAGCAGUGCUAAACAACAAAGGCAAAGUAAUCGGUGUUGCAACCGCAAGUCACCCCGGUGCUGAAGCGGAAAACCUCAAUUUUGCCGUUCCGUCAAACUAUCUCAAAGCAUUGCUUCGCAGGGCCAGAUAA